AUGGGACAAACUGGUAGCUAUUCCGAGUUGAACAAAAAAAGAAUCACUCCCGCUCGCGCGCGUGCUGCGGGCCGCCGCCGGCUCGUGCGGCGCCGCGCCGCCGCCGCGCUGCCCGCCGUGCCGCCCGCGCCGCCGCCGUCGUGCCGCGCGCCGCGCCCGCCGCGCGCGCGCGCCGCUGCGUGCUGCGCGCCGCCAGCCUCGCGCCGCCCGCCCUGCGCGCCGCGCCUGCCCGCCUGCGCGCUCACCUGCGACUCCCAACUCCCGAAACUCAAAACUUCAAGCCGGACAAGCAGCAGAGAUCCAUUUCGGAUAACGUCAACCGAUUGCGAAGUCGACCAAGACCCGGUAGCGGAGCGGCUCAAACUCGCUAAGCGGGCGCAGCGCGCGGAGUACGAGCGCGAGGUGAGCGAGCGCGCCGCCCGCGCGCCCCCCGCCGCGCCCCCGCGGGACCUCUACCGCCUCUCCGGCGAGCGCGAGUGUGCGCGCGCCACCGACGGCUGCGUGUACGCCGUGCUGCCCGACGCGCCCGCCGCGCCCGCCGCCUCCACCCGCGCCGCCGCGCCGCGCCGCUGCGGGCCCGGCCGCCAGCCGCCGCCGCCGCGCUGCGUGCAGCUGGCGCACGACGACGCCUGCCGCAUCAAGGGCGACGCGCACCUCGACCCUUGCGCGCACCUGCCGCGUGUCAUGGUCGAGAUUGAUCGCAGUUCUAAUCAUGUAGCCACGAGUAAGCCUGCGACUCCGAAGAGCUCUACCGGGGGAGGGUCACGGUCUGCACACCCGAGCUGGUGCACCGACCCGCCGAAGCCGGCCUCCCCCCCACCGCGGUGUCGCCGCCCCACCAUUGUUGAACGGCUUCGUAGUCACCGUCCAGAAUCUAGAACUGAAAGACGCAUUCACACGUCGGUGAGCGCUUUGGUAAAUCAGAAAUCUGGAAACUCUAAUUCUAGCGGCUGGAAAGAAAUGCUUCAUAAAAAGAAACAGCUAAAGGUAGCCGGUGUCGGGCGGGUCGCAGUUUGCACCCGAGCGGCCGGCAAGCAGGCGCCCCCGCCGGGCGGCGAGCUGCAGCUGCGCGUGCCGCCGGGCACCACGCGCGUGGCCGUGCGCGUGUCGCUGCACGCGGCGCCGGGGGCCGCCUGCCCCGCGCCUGCGCCCUCGCCCGUCUUACCGACACCGUCUCGGACAAAACAGGCCUCAUCAUGCACCAACUUCACUUCCAAACCUGAGAAUAGUGACUCGUGGUUAUCUAUAAAAAGCAUUCAGAAAAAAAUAUCAGCCCAAUGCCAUCAAGAGUCAGGUAGCAGGAAGGUGGGAAGGGCGGCCCCCGACUCCCCGCCGGCAGCCCCGCACGCGCCGCGCUGCGCUGGCUCGCGGGGUAAGGCAGGAGCCAAGCACUACUCGUCCGCCGCCGCAUUACUAGCAAACACUAUAUCUUCCUACUCGUAACUAAUACAGCCAUAGUCGUGUGUGUAUUUUUUUUAUAAUAAAAUUUACACAGUAAGUAAAAAC